AUGCCCGUCUUUUCGAUUGCAACCAGCCCCCACAGGAACCGCAAGUUCACGCUGAAAGCGCAGGAGAGCGACAUCGACUCGGUGCCUUCGAGACCAUCGACGCCGGUGGAGAAGGACGAGUACGUUGAGUGGGCCAAACCGCGAGAAGAGCGCAACUUCAACGAGUACUACCAGGGCCUCGACGAGUUCGAAACGCUGCCUGUUCUUGUCAGCGAGGGCAAGACAGACGAUGAUUAUGAGGAGUAUCGACUCAAACGCAAACAACAGGACAGAGACAUCUUAUCGCGACUUAAAAGACCAUCGUACAGGAAAUUACCAGAUCAGACCGACGAAGACGAGCCUGUGCAGCGCAACAUGGUUCAAUUUGGAUAUGGUUUGUCAAAAAGUGAGCCUAGAGAAACCUACACCAGGUCCACAGAUCUUGGCGAUGACUUUAUCACCGGAAACCUUCUGUUGGACAGCACUGUGCGUUCUCUGUACGACAUGGACGAGCAGGACUCGCUAUAUCUGGAGCACGUAAACUCUAGACUAUCGAAAGAGAACAAACACAUGAGUAUGGAGCUAUUUGAGGUGAUCAUGACGUUUUUCGAGAUCGAAUGGUACUUCAUCGAGAAGUUGCUACCGCCAAAGGUCAAAAACCAGUAUUUGGACGACGAACAGACACAGCUUCAGGUUCAAUUGUACGGAUCGGACGAUGGAAUUGGUGUUGCUCCAGAGGAAGACCAGUGCUGUGCCGUUUGCAACCGUAACGACUGCAAUAACUCCAAUGCCAUAGUCUUUUGUGACGGGUGCGACAUUGCCGUGCACCAAGAAUGCUACGGAGUGGCCUUCAUUCCCGAAGGUCCUUGGUUCUGCCGCAAGUGUCUCACUUCCAGAAAUCAGAAGGUCAAGUGUCUAUUCUGUCCCAGCGUGACGGGGGCAUUUAAACAGUCAGACAACGGAGAAUGGGGGCACGUGAGCUGCACCUUGUGGAUCAACGAGCUAUAUUUUGCAAGCAACAUUUACAUGGAGCCCAUACAAGGAAUUCCCAACAUCCCCAAGAGUCGGUGGAAGCUGGUGUGCUACAUUUGCAGACAGAGAGUUGGAGCAUGUACCCAAUGUUCAAAGCCAACGUGUUCCACGGCAUACCAUGUAACCUGUGCGCGCCGGGCGGAGUUAUACAUGGAGCUGAGCCAGGGAGUGCAGGGGGCAGUCAACGACCAGACCUCUGUGAUUUCGUACUGCGACCGCCAUUCCCCAAAAGACUGGGAUCUCUACCACGACACCAAGUUGGGGAUCCAGAAAACACGCUUAUACUUUAGUACGGGCAAGAACCGUUCUGUUGGGAACAAAAUAGCCAUCAGCAAAUCUGAGAAACGAGAACUCAAAGACACAAGAAACCAUUGGUUCAAAUGGAAGACCGCUCGAGGAGCACCUAUUCUACCGAUAAUAACUAUACGCAAACUGGAGAAACUGCUUCAAAGUCAACGUGUUUCCAUCGAUUCGACAUAUUUAUACGAGCUGGCCAAGUUCUGGACCUUGAAGCGCGAGUCCAAAGGCGGUCCGCUGGUCAAACGACCAGACAGUGCCAACUACGGCUCGUUCACCGACGAAGAGAUUAACGAACGAUUGCAAAUACUGGACUUUAUCAACAACGACAUCAAACGACUUACGGAGCUGUCUAACUUGUCUCUCGAAAAGGCAAAGCUGGACGCUAAAGACACUAACGAGCUGAUCAACGAGGUGGACCUGUUCUAUCUGCCGAUGCAAAAUCUGGUGACCGAGCUGUUGCAACAGUUCCUCAAACACGGCAAGGCCACAUCGAUCCUUUCAGUUGCAUUUGACGACCCAACGGUUCUUUCUGUUCAGCAGAUCGUCGACAAGGUCGAAAACCACGAGUACAAGCUGGUGAGCGAGCUAAUCGACGAUAUCAACGUUCUGGACGAGUACGUGAUAGCCAACAUGGAUCACAACAGUUCCAUCUACAAACACAUCCGCAACUAUUGGAGACGACUGCGCUCCCAGUGUUUCAGCAAAGCCGAACAAACAGAACGCAUUCUUCUCAAAGGCGACCUGCGCAGGUUGCUUGGUGGACUUGUCAGUUGGGUCACCGUUCAUGGUUGCCCAGUGGUCGAAGAUCAUUUGUGGGAAAGCUUGACCACCGGUAGCUUGUCUCAAAUCACCAGUGAAACCGAAGGACUCAUUGACAGGCAAGUAAGCCUUCACAGUGAACAAUGGAGUACCUGGUCUUUGUUCCUCAGAGAUAACUUGACCUCUCUUUCUGUUCAAAACAGAGUAGAUACCACCAAUAGCGUUCUCUGGACAUUGAACCUCAACCAAGAAGACAGGCUCUUGGAUUCUUGGCUCAGCCAAAAGCAUAGCAGCAAAGGUAGCUCUUCUCAUGGUUGGCAUGAUUUGACCAGCACCUCUGUGGAUAGCAUCGGCGUGCAAAGUAACAUCCAUGAUGUUGAAUCUGACACCUCUCAAGGUCUCACCAACAAUUGGACCCUCCUUGGUAGCCCAUUGGAAACCGGCGUUAACGUGAUCCUUGAUUUCAAGCAAGUAUUGAACAGCCUUGGUCUGGUCAACGACAACGUUAGGUCCGUUACCGUCUGGACCGAAACACCAGAUCUUUCUGGCGUCGGUGACAUCCCAACCGUACUCGUCAGCCAUCAAUCUGGCUCUCUGCUUGAAGUCGUCUCUGGCGUUAAUCUUUCCGCUCUCAAUAGCACCGCUGACCUCGUCGUCCAAUGGCUCGGCCUUCAAGUAGAUUCUGUUGUGCUUGUUUGGAGACUUGGACAAAGCGACGAUUCUGGACUCAGCCUCAACGGUCUCUCUGUAAGAAACAACUGGAGGAGAGAUUCUCAGUGGAACACCGGCGUGGUCGUUCUCCAAGUCACUCAAACAAAUCUCCAAGUGCAACUCACCAGUGGCAGCAACAAUGUGCUCACCAGACUCAGAAAUAGAAGUCACAACACAUGGGUCGGACUUGGACAGUCUCUUAAGACCCUCAACCAACUUUGGAAGAUCGUUACCGUUCUUAACCUCAACGGCAACCUCCACAACUGGGGAGACAGAGAACUUCAUGACCUUCAUGUUGUGAGAAGCCUCGUUGGUGGUCAAAGUACCAGAUUUGAGCAAGAACUGGUCAAUACCAACCAAACCAACAAUGUUACCAGCUGGACAGUCGUCAAUAGCCUCAACGAAUCUUCCCAUCAUAAGAACGGUUCUUUGGAUAGCCUUGAUGAACAAAUCGUCCUUCUUACCUGGAACGUAGUUAGGACCUUGGAUUCUAACCUUCAUACCAGACUUGACGGUACCGGCGAAAACUCUACCGAAAGCGUAGAAUCUACCCUUAUCAGAGGUUGGAACCAUCUUAGACACGUAAAGCAUCAAGUCAGCGUUAGGGUCACAGUUCUUGAUGGCCAAACAAGAGGCGUCGUCAGAUGGACCCUCGUACAAGGUCUCAGCUCUGUAGAAUUGAGCAGUAACUGGAGAUGGCAAGUGGAUAAUAAUCAUCUCAAGCAAAGCGUCAGCAGCUGGCAAGAAUUUUCUCAUGACAACCUUCAAGAGAGCCUUACCCUCGAGGUCCUUCUCAUCACCCUUCAAAGAAACCUCAAGCUUCUCCAACAAAGUUGGGAUCUCGUCCUUCUUGAAGUUCAUGAUAGCAGAGAAAAGUCUGAAAAUAGGGUCGAGCACGAACAUGUUGAAAGCUCUCUCCAAUGGUUUUCCAGAGGCAUCUUUGUCCUUGUUAGACCACUUCUUGGUCUUUGGGUUGAAGUAAGAGUCACCCCACAAUCUCUCCAUCAUCUUGGCUCUGUCAACACCGAAUUUCUUGGAGUAUCUGAUGGCGAAUUGUCUGACAGUGAAGGCCCAACCGUGCAAACCGGAACCGAAAGCAACGGUACCCUUCUCUGGGUAAACCUGGACGUCACCAAGGACUGGCUCGACGUAGGUAGAGAUGAUGACGUUAACGGACUCGACAGUUCUGGAGAAAGACUGGUAAAGCUCCUCCUUGGAGAUUUGCAACUCCAACAUAGCUCUGUCAACCUUGUUGAUAACAACAACUGGCUUAAUUCUCUCACCAAGAGAUUGUCUCAACACAGUCUCGGUCUGGACACACACACCCUCAACACAGUCAACAACGACCAAAGCACCGUCGGUAACUCUCAAGGCGGCAGUAACUUCAGAAGAGAAGUCAACGUGACCUGGCGAAUCGAUCAAGUUGAUCAAGAACUUGUUGCCCUCGGUCUUUUGCUUGAUCUCCUUGACAUCCUCGUCCUCCAUCUCAGAGAAAAGGGAGAUGGCGGUAGACUUGAUGGUAAUACCUCUCUCCUGUUCAUCUUUUCUGGUAUCGGUGAAUCUGGCCUCACCGGCCUUAGCAGCAGAAAUGAUACCGGCUCUCUGCACAAGAGAGUCAGUAAGAGUCGAUUUUCCGUGAUCGACGUGAGCGAUAACGGACAUGUUACGAACAUUCGUAACCUUGUCCAUUAA